CACAUUAUCAAUGUAAGCAAACACGAAGUACUUAUCAUUUAGUUUGCUGACAUGCUAAUGAAAAUCUUUGUUCCAAAUAAAAGAGUGUCACCAAGUGAAAGCGCCUCUUAAUUGGCCAAAAUGAAAAAUUUAAUGAACCAAGUUUUUUUAUUGAAAGAUGAAAAUCUUGUCAAAAACAUCAUCUAGAUGUUGAAUUCUUCCAAGAGGAUAAUUAUCGUCAAUCAAUUCAAUCUAUGAUGCUUAAGUUACGGUGGAAGAGUCAUUUUCUAUGUUUGAGGAGUAUCUACCGACUGGAUCCCUGUAAAAAGAAAUUCUUCACAGAGAUUAGUGCCAAAGACAACACUCAUACAAGGCCCUUGAGUGAAAUACCUGGACCUUUUUGUUUACCUGUUUUAGGAAACUUGCACCUUUACAAAUUAGGUAUUUACAAUGUUUUGAAGUAUCAUGAAGUCUUGGAUCAGUUGUAUCAUAAGUAUGGACCCAUUGUAAAACAAAAAAUUGGGUCAAAAACAAUUAUUCAUCUUUUUAGCCCAGACGAUGCAAAAACUGUGUAUUAUAAUGAAGACAAAACGCCUUUUGUAGUACCUUUACAAGAGACCAUUCAAAUUUACCGGGAAAGAGGUGAAUACUCACCUGGAUUAGGUAACACAAAUGGUGAAACAUGGUACCGUUUGCGAAAUGCUGUUCGGCAUUUAAUGCUUCAACCGAGAGAUGUUCAAGGAUACUUACCUGGAGUUCAGUCAAUCGCGAAUGAUCUCAUUGAAACUCUUCAUUCCAAAAGAGACUCUAAAAACCAGAUUAUCACUCUUCAAGAUGAACUUGGGAAAUACAGUCAAGAAGCCUCUGGUUUUGUUUGUUUUGAUCGCCGGCUCGGUUACUUCUCCGAAGAUAAACAGAAGCACGUUAAAGACAUUUUGGAUGCAAAUCACACUGUUUUCUACAACUCAGCACUAUUAAAAUUUUCUUUACCAUUUUAUAAGUACCUGAACACACCAAAAUGGAACCAACUUGUUGCAGCCGAAAAUAUCAUCAUGAGCAAUGCUAUUCGUCUUGUGAACGAAACGAUAGAAAAUUUGAGCGCCCUAGAAAGUCGUGGCGAACUGUCCAAUGAUCAGUUUCCGUUUAUGAAGUCUCUUUUGGCAAAGAAGGAACUUAGUAGAGAGGAUGUCACUGUUAUCACUCUCUCCCUUUAUUCUGAUGGACUCAGCACUACUGUGCCAUCACUGCUGUUUAAUAUCUAUUGUUUGGCCAUGAACCAAGACGUUCAAGAGACUGCAUACAAAGAAAUUUGUGAAGUAACCAAAGGGAGCAAAACCUUGACGGUAUCAAUGGUCAAUCAGUUGUCGUACCUUAGAGCUGUAAUCAAAGAAACUUUCAGAGUUCUUCCAAAUGGUGUGGAAAUCGCUAGAAUUCUAAAGAAAGAUCUUUUGCUCUCCAACUUUUUAGUUCCUGCUGAGACAGCCAUUAACAUCAACAUGAAUGUCCACUAUAAGUCUGACGAGUUUUUUAAGGACCCUCAUACAUUCCGUCCAGACCGAUGGAUGCGAGGCAAUGAGGGGAGUUCUAUUAAUCCAUUCGUUCUCAUACCGUUUGGUCAUGGAACUCGAAGUUGCACAGGCAAAAGAUUUGCAGAGCAAGACAUGGCUGUAGUUCUAUGCAAGAUACUCCAGAACUUCAAGCUAAAAUACCCUGCUAAAGAAAAGCCUUUAGAAGUAGUGUACAAAACUCUGCUCUUCCCAAAAGAUCCUUUACGGGUACAGUUUGUCCCUCGGUGAGACAUUUGAUUGGAAACGUGGCUAAAAAGGUACAAAUCUUAUGUGGUUAUGACGGAACAUCUCAAUCACAUUCACCGAGAGGAUAGUCUUGUGAGACCAUGACAAAAAUCUACUCUUUGCAUAUCCAUUUAUCUGGAAUGAAUACCAGAGAGUUAUGUGGGUGUUCAAAUAGCCAUCUAAAAUGCUUAUUUAAUCAGUUAAUUUUCAAGUUGAUUUCAUGAAAUGUCAUUGGCAACUGAAAUCAGGGUCAUUACUGACCCAAGAGUUCUUCACGCUGAUUAAAGGGCUGAAAAGUCUUUUCAAGCAAACAGGCCUUGAUUUUGAAGUUAACCUCAUCUCGCUGGACACUUUUAUUAGAAAAAGAUUGACAUCCUGAUUAGACCAGCAGGCUGAUUAUUUUCCGCGUUGAUAUCCGAGUCGAUAAGUUAGCGACUCACAGAUAACGACUGAAUUCUAACGACGUCCUUUAGCCGAGCGAUUAUUUACUUCGAAUUCCGCUGAUCGUUACUCAUCGUUCGAUAACUUAGCGUCGUUAAGUUAGCGAUCUGGAUCCCAACGUUGCCGACAUGAGAGAUAAUAAUCAACCAAUCAGAGAGCGUUUAUGAUACAAGCAGCGCUCCAACUGCGCGGCGGCGUAAGUUGAAAACAACACUUCUCUUUUCUUCACGUCACGCAGGUAUGUUUUUAGGUUAGGUUAGCUUGCCGAGAAUCGUUAGCUUAGAGGUUGCCGUAGAGCAACCUUUAACUUAUCGACGGACUCAAAUAUCCCGCCACGGAUGAUUGGAUGACGGAUUUAAUGAUCGGCACGGAGUGAAAUAAUCGCUCGAUUAUACUUUUGCCGCUAACGACGGCGUUAACGUAACGAUUUCAAUACCAACGCGGAAAAUAAUCAGCCUGCAGAUUUUUGGAAAUUUGCCUCUCCUUCAAUUAUUGUUAAUGACAUCAAUUUGAGACUAAUAUUCCAAGUUUGGUUUGGUUAUUGCAAGUUUUGUAUCGGUACAAAAAGCUAUUUUUAAAACAAAGGUCUUCUCUCUCAAUGCUCAAAGAGCAGAAUUCAUUCCAUGAAAAGUUAAUUUUUAGGCAAAAAUAUUGUGCUUGUUAAUAAGCGGUAGGCACCGCUAUAUCUAGCUGUAAGUCUAACAGGCACAACAGCUUUGUUUUUACAUAAGAUUCCAUUCCCUCACUUUGCAGGGAACGAGUCCAAUUCUUUAGACUCAAGAGUUAUUGAUUCAUUGAACUUAUACUUCUGUGAAAAAGAAAGUAAAUGCUUCAAUUUAAUUGUU